AUGAACGAGGUCCCUACCGUCUAUUCCUACGGGUCGCGCGCGAGUCCUGUCGACGACGACAACAACAACAACAACGAUGUUUUGCUUCCAUCUACAACGACGACGUUGUCAGCGCUGCGCAGCGACUAUCGAUUGGCUAGCCAUCAACGUCUCCACGCAACGCCAGCGUCGUUCGCAAGCCGUAGAUGCAAACACGCCCACUCGCCUUUGUCGACGCAGCACAUCGUUUCGCAAUCUGGCGGACUUGACACGCAGAUUGGGUGCAGCACUAACGCCUCGCCGUCCUCUCCCAGGAUACGCGAGCACAAUCCUACGUCGUGCAAUCGCGCGCCUGCGCUCUGGAUUCGCCGCCCCAGCGUCUCGUACGCGCGUUCUUGCCCGUAUGUCGGCAUUAACGUUGGCGUUGGCGUUGGCGUGCGUGCACGCGUUUCCGCCGCCGUUGCGCCCAUCUUUCGCGUUGAGUAUUCAUGGUUACGUUGGUAUAUUCGUGGUUGCGUUGGCAUUGGCGUUUACAUUUGCGUGCACACGUUGGCGUUUCUCUGCUCGAGCCGCCAGCAGGCCCCGGGAUUCGGAUUUGGAAUCGAUUAUUGGAUGGGCGGCAAGGCGUCGAGCUACACGGUGCCCACUACCCGUUGCCCACUACCCGUUGCCCACUACCCGUUGCCCACUACCCGUUGCCCACCACACGUUGCCAUAACCGUUGCCCGCCGCGCCAGACCCAACGUUCCACAUCGCACGUUCCACGUCCAGGCAUCCGCUCUGCAACAUGCGAACACAGCGCCUGCGCCAGCGCAAACGUUAACGCUUAAACGAAGGAAACGAAGACGAAAAUGA